AUGAAGAUCAAUGAAAAUACUCAAAUAUCUGGCAAAAAGAUUGUACUAGUGCCCUAUGACAGAUGUCAUGUCCUCAAAUAUCAUGAAUGGAUGAAAUCUGAAGAACUACAGGCGCUUACUGCCUCGGAGCCUUUAUCAUUGCAACAAGAGUAUGAAAUGCAACAAAGUUGGCGAUUGGAUGAAAAAAAAUGCACUUUCAUUGUAUUGGAUUCUGAGGUAUACAACUCUAAUCAUCACGAUGAAAUAAGUUCUAUGGUUGGAGAUGUGAACCUAUUCUUCAAUGAGCCAGAUUUUCCUCACUCUGCAGAAAUAGAGAUCAUGAUUGCAGAGCCAUGGGCCAGGGGUCAAGGGCGUGGCAAGGAGGCCCUGUGCUCCAUGAUGAGAUAUGGCACAGAUAAACUGGGAAUACAGAGGUUUACUGCCAAAGUUGGACUGGCCAACAACACAAGUCUUCGUCUGUUUGAAAAAAUCGGAUUUAGAGAGAUAUCAAGAAGCGAAAUUUUCCAGGAGGUCACACUAGAACUGCCUGUCAGUGAAGAACUUCUGAAGACUUUGAUAUUGCAGACACCAUGUUACAGCAUAGAAGAUCACAUAAAGUGAAAGUCCAGCCAGAUUGAAGUCACAUCCUCAAAGGCUCCAGGGUCAUUGCGCUGCGCCGGCGCGCUAUCCACCUCGGCCAUGGAAGCCUCCAUGGACUUUUACAUUGUAUAAGCUUUCAUGAAAUGUUAUUGCAAACAUUUACUUUAAUUUUUCGGAGCAUGAUAAUGUUCUAAUAUUUUACUGGUACAAAAUUGUUUUAAAGUCAUGUAAUAAAUCAUGCUGA